UAGAGUCUACGUACGUAUUUCUCUUAUUCUUACAAUACUAGCAUAACUUUUGUCAAUCAUCCAGGGGCAGAACUAGAAUCCAGUUUUUACGCCAUUUCAAGCCAUUUCUGUGCUUUCGCCUUCGGAUUUCACAUUUGGCUGGGAAUGCAGCUGUAUAGAGCCACCAAGGAAAACAGUUUUAUAGAUAAAUAAAAAGGGGCAUUAUCUAAUGCCAAGUAACAAUUAGUUCAUUUGUGGAGAAACCUUAAACUCUGAUGAUGAGCAACAUUGUUCCUGAAGAAAAGGUCACAACAGACAAGCACGAGAGGGACAGUACAACUUUAGACAGUAAACUGGAUGAUUUAUGCAAACAAUCAUCAGAUGAAGUAACUCAUACACACAAAGGAGAGUUCCCUACGUGCUCAUCUGAUGCUGACACAGAAUCUGAUAAAACAUUUGAUAUCGAUAGCAAGGAUAAUUUGUGUCUUGAAUCAAAUCAAGAUGUGAAUGUAAAUCAUUCUUAUGGUAAACAGCAAGAACCAUCAGCAUCUGGAAAAACUAUUCACAGCAAGCCAUCAGCAACAAUGUCAUUGAUAGAUCAGCAAAAUGAAGAGCUCAACAUCAUAGUGUCAUCAGAUAACCAAACUGACUUGACUUCAGAGAGUACUGGCACAAGGCCACCUGCAUAUACUGAGCUUGGCAUUGUUGUAGAGAGACCUAAAAGACAAGAAUUUGCCACAAAAGAUGCCAGGCUAGAUACUUUUCAAAACUGGACCUCUCAAUUUAAUCCGAUUGAGGAAAUGGCUGAUGCAGGUUUUUUCUACACAGGACAUGGGGAUAGCAUCAGAUGUUUCUUCUGUGGUGGAACUUUGAAAAACUGGGAAGAUGGAGAUAAUGUUUACAUUGAGCAUGCCAGAUAUUUCCCCAAGUGCGCCUACAUUUCCCAAUCAAAAGGAAAAGCUUUUGUUGAAGCAAUUUGUGAAUUAAAUGAUACAGUUGAAAGGAUAACAGCAGAAGAUGUUGAUGUGAAAAUAAAAGCAAUGGCAGAAUCCAGAGUUGAACCUAACUCCAAAGAAUCAGAGUUGGCAGCUGAACUAAAACCUUACAAUGUAAUUCUCUCAUCUGGAACAACAGAAAGCAGCAAAGUUGAACCAAAUGAGGAAAAAGUCACAACAGAUCGUACUUUGUGCAAAGUCUGUCUUGAAAAUGAAAUCGCCAUGGUUUUUCUUCCUUGUGGACAUUUUGUUUGCUGUUUCAACUGCUCGCUACAAAUAAAAACCUGCCCAGUGUGUAGAACUGCUAUUAAAGGAGUUGUGAGAGCAUAUAUCAGUUAGAUUUGUUGUGUAAUAUUUACCCCUGAUAGCUAUUUACUCGAGAUCUGGUAAGCUUGUUUUUUUUUAAAUAAAAAAUAAAACGGUUUAUGAUUUUUAAAUGCCUUAAUAUAUAUUUUAAAAAUGAUUUCAAAUGUUGUAUUAGCUAUGACAGCUAAUGACAUUAAAUUUUAUAAUACUAAUUUAGAAAUGCAUAAAUAUAUUUAAAAAAUGAUAAUAAAUGUUAUAUUAGUUAUGACAGCUAAUGAAUGACAUGAAAUGUGAUAUUACAAAAUAUAUGACUGUUAAGUCUUUUGUUAAAAUUGAUGUAACUGUUUUCUCUGAAGAUAAAACUGCCCUUUUUCAACAGUCAACAAAAAUUUUCCUUAAUAAGUAGAUGUGUUAACAAAUAAAUAUUUAGAUAUAGUGGGAGGAGAGGAAGAACUCUGGCGUCCUAAUUUAGUAGAUGAACUUCAGGCUACAGAUGGCCACCUGAUUGUGAGGUAAGAAAAUGGAAAAGUAAUUUGAGUGCUGGGAAUAUUUCCAAAAAGCCCUUGGAGUCUGGGAGCGCAUGAGGAGCCCUGACCGCACCUCCCCGUGGUGAAGGCUGUCCAGGACUGAGCAAGCUAUUAUAGCACAGAUCAGGACAGGCCAUUGUCCUGUUGGCUCAUAUUUCUCACGGCUAUGGCCAAAUUUCGAUUCACGGUGCUCCCGCUGCGGGGAGGAAGAAGAAACCGGGCCUCAUAUUCUGUUUGACUGCCCCAGACUUGCUGAUCUCUGUCUCGACAGGUCUGGGAAACCAAAAAUUCUCAACCUGUAUGAGUUUGAUGUGAGGUAAGCGUUGGUUCAGAGACUGAAAGAAAAUGCGCAAACAUCUGUAGUCAGUGUUUAAAAUAUUUAUUUCUUCUUUAAAACACUGAGGUAAUAACAUGUAAAAAUAGUAGUAUUUGAUGGUACUUAGAUAUUCAGUAGUCUAAUUAAAUUUAUUUUGCUUAUAUUCUUUGAUUGCUUUGAAAAUUAUUUCAUGUAUUUUUUUUUACAUUUGCAAUAUUUUAUAAUUACCAAAAGUGAAUUUUACUCCAAUCAAUUUAAUUUAUGGUCAAUACUUUUUUUUUUAAAUUUCCUAUUAAAAACUACAUUUGAAAUGGAUGACUUUGAUGCUAAAUAUUGUGAUAAAAUUGUUUUUUACAUUUUUUUUUAACAAUCUGUUGUUAAUAAAACUAAAAUCAAAAUGAUCAUGUGUUGCAAUACUUGAAAUUAUACAAAAUAACUUGUACCCAUUUCUUUCUUGAAAUGAUUAAUAUACAAUGUAAAUAAAAAAGUCUGAUUUUGUUUUAAAAACUGUCAAUUAGUUUUAAAACCGAAGAAGACCUAUUUUUAUAUUUUAUGAAAUAAAUGUAUUGUUUGUGAAAUUUUAGAAAAUAAUUGCAUUUCUUAUCAUUACAACACUAUUACUAUUUGUUUAUUUGUAUAUUUCUUUUUUUUUUUUAAUGAAAUAAAUAAAAUAAACUAAUUUUAA